GAGGAGUCACUUCCUCAUCCAGCCAUUCUUCACACUUUUUCUGGACUUGAGGACAUGGCUUCUUUUGCUCGGGUCGUCGGCCUCCUCUUCCUCACCUUCUACGUGGCAGACGGCUUCCUGCUUCAUUACAAUGAUCGCUGCAUGUUCAACUCGACCGACCUGGACGACAUCGAGUACACCUAUUCGCAUAUCUACAACAAACUGGAGCUGUUUCGCUUCAGCAGCGCUUUGGGGAAGUUCGUCGGCUACACCGAGUUUGGCAUCAAGCAGGCCGACCACUUCAACAUGGACGCCGCCUACAUAAGCAGCAUGAGAGCUACAAAGGAGCACAUUUGCAAACCCAACAUUGAGAUUUACUAUCAAGCUGCACUCACCAAGUCAGCAAAGCCUUACGUCAGACUUCAGUGGGCGUCGCCCCCUGUCGACAGCACCGGCGCCGCCAUGCUGGUGUGCGUCGUCUACAACUUCUACCCCAAGCACGUCCGCGUCACCUGGCUGAGGGACGGCCGGGAAGCCACGUCCGGGGUGACGUACACCGACAAGCUGCCCGACGGCGACUGGUACUACCAGAUCCACUCUCACCUGGCCUACACGCCCAAGUUUGGAGAGAAGAUCACGUGUGUGGUGGAACACGUCAGCCUCGAGGAACCUCUGCAUGUCGACUGGGAUCCGUCCCUCCCCAAGUCGGAGAUCAACAAGUUGGCCAUCGGUGCGUCCGGACUGACUGUGGGGUUGCUCCUGUCCCUGGGAGGCUUCUUGUACUACCGCAAGAAGUCUUGCGAUGCGGGUAGCAUUUUGGUUCCCACCCACUGAGCCUGCUCUCGGAUCAGCCUCGGUGGGCCUUGCCGCUUUUCAUCGAUAUUUUACACGUUUCCGCUAAUUAGUUAGCUGCGACUGACAACUGCAAGUGAUUGGCUGCCGAUUCGUUCCGCUCGAUUGACUCCGCCCGUCACCCAAUAAGGCGCCUCCCUGCACAUGUUGGAUAGAUCUUUAUUAUGAAACUAGGCUAGAUUAGAAAAGACCGGACUGGAUUACAACACGAGAACAAUCAAGACUGGACUCUAACAGACCAAACUAAAACUGACAGGUGUAGUCAACAAAUUAGAUGGAAACAAUCCAGACCAGACCAGACCAGACUAGUAGAGAUCAGAUUAGAUUUGACUAGUACAAACAGACUACAACAGUUCGAGACUAGACAUUAACAUACAGGACUAGGACAGUCUAGACCAAACAAGAAAUACCAGAUUAAGCUAGAACAAAGUAGACUGCGCUACAACAGUACAGGCCAGACCAGACCAGCCUAGACUACAACAAACCAGACUAGUACAGUCUAAACCAGACAAGAACAGUCUAGAAAAGACAACGACAGACCAUAUUAGCAAAGAAUACAACAGACCAGACUGGAAUUAUGAGAUUACGCCAGAAUACAACAAACCAGAACAGUCCUGACUAGACUGGUGUAGGACCAGACAAGAUUAGACUACUAUUGACUACACCAGACCAUAUUAGAUUAGACUAGAACAAUCCAGACCAGACUAGCACACAACCAGAUUAGCCUAGCAGCUCAGAUUAGACUACAAAACCCGAUAGCAGACUACCACAGACCAUAUUGGAUGAACGGGUACAAUCCAGACUAGAUUACGAACCAAUUAUUUUAGCUAAACUACUUCACUUUGCUUUUUAAUGAAUAAACUUCAGAGAUUGUGA